AUGAGGAUCAUCCGCUUCAUCUGUCUGUUCUCGCUCAUGCUAGCUUGGGUCGCCGAGCAGCAAACCACCGUCUUCCGGUUCAAGAUCCCGCCGCGCAAGCCCGACCACCGCGAAGCGCGUCUCUCAGAAUUCCUCCGAUACCCAGAGAGCAUGCCAAUCCACAUCCCGAUCCCAGUCCUCGAGCGCUCCAUCUCCACCAUUUCAGAGAUGCUCGUGCGCCGCGGCUCCAAGCACCAUAACCCAUCCAUGGGACUCUACAACGAGCGCACCAAACCCCCACGCAGACCCUACCCCUGGGUCGAAGAACCCACGGUCUUCGACCUAAUCAAGCAAUUCAACGCCGACGCGAAGAAGCAGAGCGAUGCCAGCGGCUCCAAGAAGCCAGCUGACCCCAUCGAUCUCAUCACGAUCUGCUCGUCGUGGGAGGAGCCGCCGCGUCUAUACACGCGCUUGCAGGUGCGCAAUGCGAAGACCUUCAACAUCGAUCCGUGUAAGAUGCUGCCGUGGUAUUGCAUGGAGCGCUGUGAGCUCGUGCCUACGAUUGGGAAUGCGCCGUUUGUGCCGCCGAAGUGCGCGGCGCCGUAUAAGGGGAUGGAUAUCUUUUCGGGGUAUCCGGAGAAAAAGAAUGUUGAGCCUUAG